GCUGUGAUCACGUGAUUCCAGCAGCAACAUUGGCUGGAGGGGUAACGUUACCUUGAAGCUCUCACUCUCAACUUCUCUUCCCUCUUUCCCUUCCAUCGUCCGUCAGUCCCCGUGGUCGAUCUAAUUCUGUCUGAGGCAGUGGAGGUGGGGUGGACAAGCUGCUCUAUCUACAAUCCCAGCCCUAACAGGCAAAGGGAAAAGACACUGACCACCUCAACUUGGUCUGUGUCUGUCUCCCCAGCCUCAUCCACUGGGACGGAAGUCAGCUCUCUGGACCACCUUGCAAGUCAUUUGGACCCAUCAAGAGUUUUUCACCUUUGGAACAAGAAAGAAAAGUGCAGAUUUAAGUUCUCACAAUGGGAAAAGAGGCGUACUGAAACUAGGGGUGGCCAAAGAGUUCAGGUUUUCCGCAUAUCCUCAGCACCAGCCAUUCAUAUGACGUUGCUGGAUGGGAAUUAAACACUGGGAUUAAAAAGCGUGGAGGAGUUGAGGAUCUACCACAAAUAUUUGGUUUCAUGGCAACAUAACCAGCGCAAAGGAUUAAUUGUUGGAAUAGAACAUUUAUUUUGAAACUAUGACUGAAGCAGUUGAAGCACGGUCGUCCACCACCACCACCAUGGUCAUCGAAAAUAAGAACGGAGACGCAGGGUCACCACCUUCCCGGGUGUCCAAGAAAACUUUUAAAGAUGAUGUCUACUCUACGUUUAGCUCCCCACUGGCCUGGAUCUUGGUUCUGGCCCUCAUCAUUACAUGGUCUUGUGUUUUCGUCAUUAUGUUUGAUCUGAUGGACUACAAGACCAUUUCAGGUCGCCCACCUCCUGGCAUCAGGAAGGUUUUAAAGGAUUCAGGGCGUAGAGGAGGCAUCAGUAAGAUCAGCUCAGACCCCAUGAAGGCUGUAAAUGAUGCCGUGGAGGAAUCAGCAAAUGUAAUCAGUGUAAUAUUUAAAUUUGCUGCCAACCUGAUUGCACCUGAAGAAGAUGAAGGAAAUAUAUAUGCAGUGAGGAAAAAAGGAGAAUUUCUACCAUCACGAACUAAAGUUGUAGAGAUGCAAGCAAAGAAGAAACCACCAGUGGCUGAAGUUGAGGAGGAGGGAGAGGAGGAGGGAGAGGAAGUGGAAGCUGCUGGGGAGGAGGAGGAAGAUGAAGAAACACUAGAGGAGUACGAGGAAGAAGAGGAGUAUGAGGAGGACUAUGAGGAGGAGUACGAGGAGGAGGAGUAUGAAGAGGAGUAUGAAGAGGAAUAUGAGGAGGAGGAAGAAUAUGAGGAGGAGGAGGAAGAGGAGGAGGAGGAAGGAGUGGUGGAGGAGGAGGAAGAGGAGGAAGGAGGAGAUGAAGAGGAAGAAGAAGCAGGAGAAGCUGAAGAGGAGGAGGGGGAGGAAGAAGAAGAGGAGGACGAGGUGGAGACAGAAGCUGAGGAGGAGGAGGAGGAAGAGGAGGAGGAAGAAGAGGAGGAGGAAGCGGUGGCAGGAGUUGACGAGGAGGAGGAGGAGGAGGAGGAAGAGGAGGAGGGAGGAGAGGAGGAGGCGGCGGCAGAAGCUGAAGAGGAGGAAGAAGAGGAGAAAGAGGAAGAAGAGGCUGAAGGAGCGGAAGAGAAGGAAGAGGUUGAGGAGGGAGAGGAAGAAGAAGAAGGGGAGGAAGAGGAAGAGACAGAAGCUGAAGCAGCUGCUGAUGAAGAGGAGGAUGAGGUCGAGGCAGGGGAGGAAGAUGAGGUGGAGGUAGCUGCUGAGGCAAAGGAAGAUGAAGAUGAGGAAGAUGAGAAAGAACCUGAAUCAGCUGCACCAGAGAUGGAUGAAGAUGAUGAUGAAGAUGAAUUGAAAGGGGAGGCAGCAGAAGAGGAGGUAGACAAAGAUGAUGAGGAUGAAGAAGAAGAGAAGGUAGAUGCUGCCGAUGAAGAUGACGAUGAAGAAGAGUCUGCUGAGGAACCUGCAGCUGCUGAUGCUGAGGAUGAUGAUGAGGAAGAGUCUCCUGAACCUAUUUCCACUUCUGAGGAUGAAGAGUCGGCUGUGUCUCCUGAUUCUGAGUCUGACGUACCUGUUGUCGUUGAAGACAGUGACGAAGACAUAAUUCUACCUGAUGAAGACAAAGAUGAUGAUGAUGAUGAAGAUGAUGACGAUAAAACCAGUGACGAUGAGUUCACUGACACCUCAGACGUCAGUGAAUCAGCACUUCUUUCCAGUGAGGACGAGGAGGAGAAGGAUGAUGAUGAUGAUGACGACGACAAAUUAGCUGAGGGUGUCACCACAUCUGACAGCGAUGAUGUCAUUGCAGAAGACUCUGAUGAUGACCUGGAUCUUCCUCCUAUCGCAGUGCCGAGUGAUGACGAGGAAGACCAUGAUGAGAAACUCCCAGAAGAGGAAGAUCUGUCCCCUCUGCCUGCUGCUGAAGAUGACGACGAAGACAUUAAAGCUGCUGAAGACACUGAUGAGGAUGACGAAGAGGAUGAUAAUGAUGAUGAUUUGGACCAAUCAGACGAGGACAUCUCUGUUGCAUCCUCUGAACACUUUGCAGAUGAUGAAGAUGAUGAUGAUGACGAUGAAUUUGACAGUGACCUUGACAAAGAUAUCGUUGCCAAACUUGAGGACACUGAAGACGAUCAUGACAAACUUGAUGAUGUCACUGAAGAAGACAUCCAUGAUGAUGAUGAUGAUGACAAGGAGGAAGAGGAGGAUGUUCCUCCCUUUGCGAGCACAGACAGUGGAGUCUUAGGUGAUGAAGAUGAGGAUGAUGACAUUGCUUUUAAAACAGAUGAAGAAUCUGUUGGAGAGAUUGUCUUCAGUGAUGACAUCUCCUAUGACACAACCGAUGAUGAUGAUGAUGAUGAUGAUGACGAUGACGAUGAAAAAGAUUUCGAUACGAGCUCAUUUGAGUUGACCUUUGAUCUUGAAGACGAAAAAGAAACCAUAGAAACAAUUGUUGAUGCUGAUAAAGAUGAAGAUGACCUUAAAGAAAAAAUCACAGCAGAGUCAUUAGCUGAUGAGGAUGAAGAUGAUGAUGAAGACGAGGAUGACGAUGAUGAUGCUGAUGACAUCUUGCUGGCAGCCGCCACAGCAUCAGUAUUCACUGUCCAGGAGGAGGCAGCAAAGACUGAGGCAGACGAUGAUGAUGAAGAGGACGAGCUUGAACAGGGUGAAGAUGAAGACAAGACUGAAGAAGCUGAAAUAGAGCAAACUGUUACCAGCCAGCCUGCUGCUCCUGAGGAGGAUGAUGAUGGAGAGGGCGAAGAGCCAGCGACCAAAGAGCCUCGGAAAUCUGUAGAUGAACCUGAAGAUAAGAAAGAGGAGUAUGACGAAGAUGAUGAUGAUGAGAAGGCAACAGUGGAUGUGAUCAAACCUGUGCCUGAACCGGAGGAGGAAGCACCAAAGACUGAACCCACAGUGUGUCCCUGUAUGCUUGCUGCAAAGACCAAAGAGUCUUCCACAAAGUCUGCUGACACAAAAGAUGCUCCCAGGAGGGUUUCAGCUGUGAGGAGAAAAAAGGAGCGGGCACCUGUAAAGACAGAAGAAAAGCCCAAAAGAAAAGCUCUUCCCAGAAUUGCAGGUCUGCAGCCGAGAAUCAGGAGGAUCAUGAGAACUUCUCCUCUUCUCAGAGUGAAGAGAGAGAAGACCAAGACUCCCAAAACAGAGACCAAAAAACAAGAACAGGACACAGAAUCUGGACAAGAAGUUGGCCCUUGCAAACCUGCACCCGUCUAUUGUCCAUCCCCACCUGGAUGGUACGUUCAUCACGUAGUCACAGACAAUCCAUACCCUCCUCCGACCAUGCCAGCUCCUGUUCUGACCGCCCACCCCGUCCCUCCUGGAGCUCCAUCCACGCAGUCUCUUUAUCAACAGCAACCUCCUCCACCACCGAUGCACCCGCUGUAUGCACAAUAUCUUCCAUAUCCACCAAUGAUGCAGCCAAUGAUGCCGCCUCCACCCGAAUCAGCUCAGCCAGUCCAACCAGCCCAGGCUGCGCAGCCAGAAGCCUCAGAACAAGCCACCCCUGUUCAGCCCGAGGUCCCGACUCCAGCUGCUGCAGGCCCAGAACCAGAGACGGUUGAGGAAGAAGUGAAGGCUGCUUCCACUAAGAAAGCUACAACAAAGAAAACCAAGGCUGCUGAUUCAGAGAAAGAGCCAGCAGCAGCCAAAGAGAAAGCAAAGAAAGAUGCUGCUGUUUUGAAAGACAAAAGCAAAGCAGCCACUGCAAAAAAGGAGCCUGCUGCAAAAAAAGAGAAAGUCAAAGUGGCUAAGAAAGAGCCAUCUGUGAAAGAGAAAACCAAAUCUGUUGCAGCUCCUAAGAAAGAGCCUGCAGCUGUUCGACAGAGGAGGAAAUCAGCCUCUGAAAAGACAGAAGCAUCAUCUGUCAAGAGCAAAGUCAAGGCAUCUGCAGCAGAUACAGAACCGCAUCCGCAGCCAAUCAGACUAAGACCAAGACUAGAAGCCGUCAAGAGGGCGAAUGUAACCUCUGCGGCCAAAGAGGAGAAACCUGCCAGAUCUUCAUCUGAAACAGCCAAGACAAGAUCAAAAUUAUUGGUAGAGAAGGAAGGCAAAGCAGAGACGGCUGAAAAGAAGUCUGUCAAAAAGGCUCAAGAUAAAGAGAAACAACCACCACCAGCUCAAGAGGCCCAGACUGAAGAAAAUGUCACAGAAAAGAAGAAACCUGGCCAGAGAUACUUCCAGUGCAUUUAUGUCCCGGGCAAAAAUGCACAAUACCCUCUACGACCUUUCACCCCAGCCAUGUCCCCCACCAUGUUGUCCCCUGCACUCCGGUCAAUGCUGGAGCAGAGAGCAGCCAGAGCGUCGGGACAAUAGGACGACAACUUCUCACCUCAUUUAAUCAACAGCACUGCAUCUCCCAGUCCAGCAGGGGGAGAUGUUUGAAUCUGUGGCAUCUUCGAAUAGAGAAGACAACCACAGACUCACAGAGAAAAGUGGACAGAACUAUUUCGUCUUUAAUUUAUUGAUGUAUUUUUUUUUUAAGUGGUUGAGCUCCUGGGGUUGAUAUUUCACAUUUUCCUUACUUGUUUAUGCUUUCUGUGUUUUGCCUCCACUACUUGCCACUGCCAUGCCUCGCUUGUGUCUUGGACAGAAAAUUCUGGCACCAUUUUGUGAAUAAUUUUAUAGUUAUAACAGCUAUAAUGUACAGAAUGAACAUGUUUAUAAUUUAGGAUGGGAUAAAGGGUCACAACUUUGCAUGUCAGUUUUUUGUUUUUCUCUCCACAACACCUUCUUUAAAAUGUAUUGCUAAUUUAAAGCAGUUUAAAUUUAGCUUAACUUUUAAAGGAACUUAUUUUCAAAUUCAGUACUAUUUGGAAUAUGGAAAAUAUCUUGCAUUGAAAUGUUAAUGGGGAAGUUUACUUUAUUAAAUUCUGAAAACAAAGAACUCCGAUUGAAUUUUAAUGGCAUUAAACAUCACUUCAAAUGGCAUGUUCUAUUGUUUUACUACACAAACCAUUAAAUCAAUGAAAAAUUUUGUAUUCAAACCCUAAUAUCAAAUUUCAUAACAUAAAAGAACUCUGGGUUGACAAGUUUCCACUGUGAUCUUUUAUUUGUCCCACCUUUUGAUUUUAAAACGUCAGAUUUUACUAUCUUGUAGCCUUGAAUUCCCUUGCCACUGCUUGUUUUUUCUGCUUUGCCACGUCUGCAACAGAUUAGCAUGCAAAUGUUGGAGGGUCAAAUCCCAGGGGCUCCCACAUUGAUCCCAGCUGCAUCCCUGUCUCUGAUGUGUCUCAUCAAUACAUAGGUGCAUGCUGAUGAGCGAUGAAACAUUCUCUUAGACGUGUCAGACUGCAUCUUGGCCAGUUCACCUUCACAGGUGAUGUUUAUUGCCAAUUAAAGCUACUUCUGUUAUUUUUGAUUAAAAAGAUAAAGAGGUAAAAGACAAGAUACAUGUAGAUACUUUAUAUACCGCACUGCACUGUGUGACACCAAUCAAAAUAUGGAUUAUAGGAACUAUAAAGGUUUACUUAGAUCCAGGAGGCACUGAAAAGACUUUUAUAGGCUUAUAAACAUAAACUCAGUGUAGCGUAGCUGCAAUACACAUACAUUUUUAAUAUGUAUGCAAAACCAUUAUGUUAAUGCCAGGUGUAAAUUCAGUCAAGAUUCUUGUGUGUGACCUGUAGGGAAUCAGCCUCCUCAGUAUGUUUUUAUAUUUAAUAAUACAUUAUUGCCUGACAAUACCAUUUAACGAGCAGGAUUGUCUGGAUUUUUUUCUCAAAAGCCAGAGAUUGCAAGAUUGUUAAAAAAAGAAAUGCAAUUCAUGGACAGUCAGUGUCUUCUAUUUUUGUUUUAUUCAUCCCAAAAAAUGUCAAACUACUUACGUUGACUCUGUCUAAGUCACAAAUAUCAGAUGUUUUAAGUCAACAUGUUCAGAGACAGGGAGUCGGUGCAGGAUAAGUUUGAUGUGACCAACUCAUGAGACGCUGUGAUGUUUGCUACAGUGAAUGAAUGUCAUUUGUGUUACUCAUCAGCGUAUUAAGUCUGAUACAUUGUCAUAUUUUCAUUUACCUCACUCAUUCAUAGCUCUGGUUUUGGGCCUCAGCAACAAGGCUGCCUUGUUGGUGCUACAAAACCUUUGCUGAGGAUUACCAGCAGUUUGCUGUUGUCGUCUUACCAAAUGGAAACCUGAUGCUAAGAGAACCAAAAGGUUUUUUUUUUUUUUUUUUUUUACAACAGGCAUAAUCCUGGGAUUCAAACACACAUGUGCCCAGAGUCUGCUGUAAUGUUCACUUGAUAUUAAGAGUUCAUUCAUUCUCAGCAGUAGCGGUAAUCUACUAAGUGAUAUUAUUUCAUUCAUGUUUGUAACACCAGUUUUGUCAGUUUCACUCUUUAAGUAACAUGAUGAAGCAGUGCAAGUCACUCAUACGUUGUAAUUUUAACCUAGUAAAACCUGGUGAACUGACUUACACCAGCUAUUGAACUGUAUACUGAAGUUUGAGGUAUGUCAGUUGUUAGUCUUUGUUGUGUUGCAGAUCUAUACACAACUUUACAGGGUUACCCUCAAAAAGUCAAACAGAAAGUGAAGUACAUUAUAGAGGUGAUGCAAAUCUAUAAAGAUGUGAGUGCAAACAAAAACAUGCAAAUUCCAUCUGUGCAACCUGAGGUGAAGAAGAAUCUUAUCCUUCAGCUGUAUGUCCCUGUUACGAGAGAAAUAGCAGAUAACUGAAGUUACUAUAGAGUCCUGACUGAAAUGAUGUUUACAGAGCUGCCUUUGUGUUUGUUGUCUGAUCAAAUCUCAGCUAGAUGUACUGAAAAUGUCAACCACGGUUCAGAUUUUUGAGUGUGAACUUUGGGUUGAAAAGUCCCAACUGAAAUGAGGUUAAGGCAGUUCUGGGUUUUCUGUUGCCGUGCAGGGUUUAGGUCAGCUGGCCUGAGAAAUACAAAUAUGAAGAGUUGUUUUAUGUCCAAAUGAGAUCUGACAACCAUUAGCAGUAGCAGCCUGCUGAGUGUAUAUGGAUACAGGAGUGACCUUUAAAACACACUUUAAAAUGUGGUGUUCAGGUGUGAAAGAGAUACUGUAGGUGGUUGUUUUUUAAAAGAAUCCUAUUCCAGCAGGGAGAUACAGCAGUAGUGUGGUUGUGCUGUCUGGAGGCCAUGAAGAUGUAUGAAAUUAACAGUCAGUAAUUGCAGGAUACAGCUGUAGCUGUAUGCUGUAAUUAUGUUUUUAAGUAUUAUUAGCAGUGAUUUAAUGUGACUUGAAGAGGGCUAUCUAUUAUCACAUGUAAACAAUGCAAACUAAAAGGAACAUGGUGCAAUCAGAGAUCAAUCUAAUAUGAUGUAAGUACAAAUUUUAUACAUAUUCAUGUGGACUGAAAGAUGGGAAACUGGGUUUAGCCUUAACUACUGUAUGUCUCUGAUUACAUGUUUUAAAUACGUGUUUGGAUGAUGCUGUUAAGAGCAAGUGAUCUGCUUUUACUUAUGCAUGCUUUGCUGAAAACUACCGUGUGACACUGUUAUCACUGUGUUUUACUUUGAUGUCUUGUCUACUUUUCUUUCAUUCUUUGAUUCUUCUUUGGUCAGUAGUUAUCUGAAACCACAAUUGCACAAAGACCCUGUCAUAGGUAUUGAUCUGCGUCUUCCGAGCAGAAAAAUGUUGAAUUGGUUUUCCAGUAGACAUUUUCUAAACCUUAUCCAGGAUUAGAAUGCUGUAUGAUGCUCUUAAAAGUCUGUUCAGUUGUGUAAUCGCUACAUAUUCCAGCUGAAUUAACAGCAUAAAUCUUCUUAUUGCCUGCUUCCUACUAACCAUUUGACCAACUAAACUACUUAAAGGUUUCCUGCUUAGUAAUUGAGCACUGAUGGGUUGCAAGGGCUACAUUUCAGGAAUCUGUUUCUUAACUGUGUCCAUCAGUGUACACAGAAAACUGCAAAUUCAAGCCAUAAGCAUGGAGUUAAAGACAUUUAUAUACUGAUUACUGCAGAGAACAAUGAUACAAAUAUAAGUAGCAAUGAAGGACAAAUACAUUUUAGCAAGUGUAGUGCACAGUGUACAUUAAAUGAACCUACAGUAGGAGAAAUGUAGCAAGCUAAGCUACACCAAUAUGGCAAAAUUAGUUACUAAAACAGAAUCAACUUUUUUAUUCGACUUUUUUUGUUCAAUUUUAUCAAUUUCCCAUUUACAGACUUUGUAAAACAUGUCGCUAGCUGGCAGUUAGACAGAAAUGCUUCAGAAAUCAUGGUGGAAAUGUAGGUUUUGUGGACGCUAACACUACUUGAUCAAAGAGCUGCACUUCUGAAAAGCUAUUUGAUUUAGAAAAUAGCAGGUGCUUAAAGAAAUUCAGUUAAACUAGUAAGCUAAUGUAUCUACUUGUAGCAAUGUUGCCGCCCAGCACUGAAAAACAGCAUGUUGAGGCGUUUAACAUAGAGCCAGGCUAGUUUUUUUUUUUUUUUUUAAAUUAUGUUUCCAGUAUCUAUGCUAAGCUAAACUAGCAACCUGCUGACUGUAGCUUCAUAUUGACCAGACACAUUUUAGAGUUAAUAUCAGCGCUGUCAAAUCUCUCUAUAAGGAGGGGAAUAAGUAUGUUUUCCCAAAUGACAAACUACACAAAGUCAUCUACACUUACUUGCGCAUACAAAGUGCCAGACAUAUUAUCUUAUUGCUCUGUUAAAUGUGGAUUGUCCAGACUGCUGAAUGCAGCAUAAACAGUCCAGUGAUCUUUUCUAAUGAAUGAGAUGGACGUGAGCAUGAUGGUUUGCAGUGAUUAAUAGACUGUCAAUGUAAAAUCAGCUCUGCUUCAUGUGUUUGCCACUUUAACACAGUAUGCUGCUGAGCAUCCAAAGAGGGAAAACAUGUCGUAAAAUAAUGCCAGCUGAUAUUACAGCUGCACAUGCUGCUUUGUAUCAUGUUUUGGCUUUUGUCAAGACCUUAGUUUUUUUUUUUAACCCUCUAAGGAAUAUUCAAAUGAUAUAAAACUAGGUUUAUGCUCCAUUCUGUUUUGAGGUUUCCUACCUGCUGCAGGAGCUACAGUUUCACAGAAAAGGUUUUACAAAAUGAUUUGGGUUCAAAACUUGCAGAGCAGUAACUUACUGUCCUCUUAAACCCAGUUUUCAUUUCAUAGUUUCUGAUGGUGACUCUCAGCAGUGCCAUAGAUAGCUAUCCUGGGAUUUUUGUCACUAAAACCUAUAGAAUCAGUCUGAAAACCUUCAGUCAGUGGAUGAUACGGUGAUUAGGUUGUAAUUACAGCAAUAAGAGUGAAUUAAUUGCUGGAAUUGGAAGGUGUAACGUAAUCUUAUCCACAAUACGUAAGGUUUGAGGUUGUGUGGUUCUGUUAGACGAUGAUGUAUUUAUUUUGUUAACAGUUUCUUCUGUUUUCUGCAUGAUAAUGUCAUUUGAACAAAGACUGCAACACAUUUUUGAGUUAUAUUUCACACAGUUUUAAUUCUCUUCCACAUAAAGAUCACCCUCCAGUGUAAAAUACAACCAACAACAGUCACUCAGAUGCUGUACAAAGACUGUAGAUAAUUUCAUUUGUUGCACUCUGGAGACUUAACACUUCGUUAGGUCUCACGCUGAAAGACAAAUUCAUACAGUGGUUUGUGCAGAAAAUGGAAUUUAUUUUAAUUAGAAAGGAUAUUUUUGUGUUGUUGUAGUUCAUCAGGCUGUAAUGUGGGCAGUAAUUUUAACUAUGUUCCAUUAAGAGACAGUAUGAACUACCUGUUCAUGUAUUAUAAAGCAGAGGUGUGUGAUGCAGUCACAUGAUAAAUCAGGAAGCCCAAGUCGGUCACAUUUCAGGAGCCAGUUAAAGGUCAUAAGUGACACUUCAGGCUGCUGAAACAUCACUCGAGGGACAAUACUGAAAAUGUCUGCUGUGUAAGAUGUAGAAUAUGUUCACCACAAUGCAGUUUUAGUGUCAUAAUUUGAAUAAAUAUUUGCAGAUA